GUUUAGCUUUAGCCGUGUUUGUUCGGGAAGGCUAGCUAAAUAACUGUUAAGUCGAUAGUGGUCAGUGACAAAGCCGGGAUUAUAUUGAAAAUAACCUGUAGUUUCUUGUCCCAAUAUAUUUCCUUUUUAAAUAUCCAAAAUAUCUGAAGCCUUACUGUUUUUGCCAAUUAUACCUCUUUUAAUUCCUAUCUUAAUUCGACAACUCAAAAUUUAUAGUCGCAGGAUGAAAAAUAUAAUUCAAGAUACUGGUUUGUUAACCAAGAAUACAGUGCGUAUGAAAAAUCCAAAUCACGUGAACGAAAUACUAAAUAAUUUGAUAAUUGGAGGGAUCCAGAGACUUCAAGUGGUUUCAGAUUUUGAUAGGACAAUAACAAAGCAACAUGAAAAUGGAAUACCACAUCUUAGCAGUUUCGCUAUAUUUGGUAGAUGUCCAUCAGGAACUGAACAGUUUUUAGCCACUGCCCAAGAGCUACGAAAAAAAUAUUAUCCUAUAGAAAUAGAUCCUACAAUGUCUCUUGAAGAAAAAAUUCCUCACAUGGAGAUGUGGUGGAAGAAAUCUGAAGAAGCCAUUAAGGGAUUGUCAAUAAGUUCAAAAGAAAUUGGGGAGGUUUGUUUACAGUGUAAACCUUCAUUGAGAGAUGGCACUAAAGAACUAUUUGAUGAUUUGGCAAUGGAAAAUGUUCCAAUUUUAGUAUUUUCCGCAGGAUGUGGUGAUGUAGUAGCUACUAUUUUACAACAGGGUGGUGUCUACUUGCCCAAUGUGAAGGUUGUGUCGAAUUUCCUAAAUUAUGACAGUAGUGGAGUGAUUCAGGGAUUCAAAGAUAAAAUUAUUCAUGUACUGAAUAAGAAUGAAUAUGCCAUUAAAAACACAGAAUUUUACAAUUUGGUUCAAGACAGAGAAAAUGUUAUUGUUAUGGGUGACUCAUUAGGUGAUGCAGAAAUGGCCAAAGGCAUGGACAACUUGAAGACUGUUUUAAAAAUUGGAUUUUUGUAUGAUCGGAUUGAGGAGUCUUUGCCAUCUUAUUUGGACACUUUUGAUAUUGUUCUCAUUGACGAUCAGACUAUGGAAGUUCCAAAAGCAAUUUUUGAUUCUGUGAAAAACUCACAUUGUGAAUAAAAACCAUGCUUAGAUUGUGAUACUUGGCUUUCCCAUGACAAUGUAUAGAAUCUCGUUUUUUAUUAUUUAUUUCUUGUAUGUAUUAAUAAAGCAAAGCAAAUAUAUGUUGUUUCAAAACUACAAUAUC